UUACCGUAAUACUUCUACGACGACUUCGAUGAAAACAACAAACAACUGGACACAUUUGAGCUGAAAGUAGUUGGAGAAGUACCAUACUUGGAUGCGGAAGUGAAACCUUCCCACCUAAGCUCUUGAACUUCCCUGACUGCGUAAUUUAUUCAGUUUGUGUCUCUAUAGUUUUGGUUUUGUCUAUUAAAUGAAACAUGGUGACGCCGAAUUGUUGCCAAAGCGUUUUGGCGGUUUUCCGCCACGUUGAGCCGCUCGUCGUGCUCGAGCAGCUGGGCACCUCUUUGUUCAACACCGCCCUGCUGAUGGUGGUCAAGGACAGGUGUGCCAACACUACCGACCCCGCCACGGGCACCCCUGCCUCCCGAGAGGAGAACCAACAGAGAGCCAUGGCGGACUUUUACAUGGCAUACAACCUCAUCGUCCAGCUGAUGCCGAUAGUGUCCGCUCUACUCCUUGCCAGGGCAGGCGACCGCGGCUGGAGAAGAGCCCCAAUCGUGGUGCCCUUAUGUGGGUAUCUGCUGUCCAGCGUCUCCCUCCUAUUGGUGGUUAUUCUCCGCCUCCCCAUUCAGGUGAUGUUUGGGGCGGCGGUUGUCUUCGGUGUGUCCGGGGGAUUCUGUGCUUACUGGCCCGGCGUGAUGACAUUGGCGUCGCUCUCCUCAACCACUGAAACUCGCUCACAGGUCAUGAUGAGAGUAGAGCUGAUGUAUGGAGCUGCAGGCCUGCUCGGCAGUGUGCUGUCCGGUCACGUGUUCUUGCUCUACAGCUCCAGAGUGGGACACGGAACUGUCCUGCUCUCCGUUUGCACAAUUCUCCACCUUCUGAGCCUCGUGCAUGCCACAUUUCUGCUGCAGGUACAGCAAGUGGCCAACCAACCUGAUGAGAGCAGCCAGCUCCUCCCUCACUCCUCCAGUCGUGUUCCCGAGGAGACGUCUUUGACUAAGAACAAGGUGAACAUGGUUCUGCUGUUUGCAGCUGCUGUCAUAUACGCGUCCUCGGUGGGUGGAGCCGUUGAGAUCCUGGGCAUCUUUGUCAUAAAAGAGCCGCUCCAUUGGAACGCCGCACAGGUUGGUUAUGGGAAUGCAGCAGGCUUUGUGAUCUUCCUAACCAGUUACCUGGGUGCCGUUAUUUUCCGUCGUUGCAUGAGUGAUGCGGCGCUCAUUCUCAUCGGCAUGCUCUCAUUUGCCUGCGGAAUUUAUUUCACAAGCUUCGUCACCGUGACCUACAUGUUCUACAUCGCCCGCUCACUCAGCCUCUUUGGGCUCAUCCCAAUGCCCACCAUCAGGUCACUGCUCUCACAACAGUUUCCAGCAUCCUCAUGGGGCAUCACUCUCACCACCCUGCAGCUGGCUCUGAGGCUUGCUGCCCUGGCGUACAUCCCCGCCUUUACUAAACUCUACCAGAGGACAUUGGACUGGUUCCCGGGCUUCAUCUUUAUGCUCUCCAGCAUACUGGCAGUUCUGGCAAUGAUACCCAUCAGUGCUGUGGGAUGCAGGUUGUCUCAGCAGGGACCUUCCGAGGAGACUGAAAAGUGUCAAGUGGAAAAGGAGAACUGAAUCUCACUUGCUCAUAAGAUAAAGCCACUACAGGAAAAGGGGAGCUGAGGAAACGAGGUGUGUGUUUAAACAAGCACUUGAUGUAAACAAUGCAAACAACAUGCGGAGACGUAGUACUAGAGAUGAGCGAGUACGCCACUAUCUGUAUAUGUUCACCCAUCUAAAUUAUCUGUAUUCUAUUUGUAUUCAGAAUGAGUGGGUGUGGUUUAAUCCGAAAUGGGUGGAGCUUAAAGCUGUAUAUUAUUUUCAUUCUGAAAUUGAUUUGGAUUGAUCAGAAGUUGCUAUAUGUAUUGUUUAUCACUCAGUUACAUAUAAGUGAUCCUUGAGACUUUUUAUUUAUUAUUUAUAUAUAUUAUAAUUCAUAUAUAAGCUGUGUGAAGUUGGUGAUUCAUGCAAACAUGGCAGUAAACAUAACAUAUAUAAUGUGUCAGCAUAUGUAGCAUAUUCAUUCAUUCAUUUUCUACCGCUUAUCCUCCCGCCUCUCGCCCGAAAACAGCUGGGUUAUAGCAUUUUUUUUUAAAGAUGAGCAGAUGACUAUCAAAUCAAUUUUAUUAUUGGUCCAAUAUAUCCCAAAAAUAAUUUGAGGUAAAGAUAAUUGCAUCAAAACAACAUCAAUAUACAAGCUUUAUAUAUGUUCAAGUGUACAAUAUGUAAAAACUGGCAAACAAAAGAACUGAAGGUAUUAAUACUUCUUUCAAUAAGUUAGAUUGAUCAUCUUGUGAUUGUUAUGACGGGACAUUUGGGCUUAGUUUUUUUGCUCUUUACAUUCUUAUAUGAAUUAGCUGUCAUCUUGUCCCAUUUGUGGAUUCAUGAAAAAAAAAAAAACAAGAGUUGUCACAAUGCAAAG